AUGAUGAAAAACAUGUUACUUCAAUACGCUACUCCAUUGCUGGAGAAAUAUCCUGUUUUACAGGAUUAUGUUCCUAAUGUCGACCGCCCAUUUUUUAAUAUUUAUCUAUGGGAUUACUUCAAUUGCUUCAUUACAAAAGCUACUCAAGCAAAGUUUGUCCCAAAUGAGUUCAAGUUUGUGCCCGGAAAGCUCCCACUCAGCAAAUUGCACGAAGUUCUGCCAACUAUCGCAGCAUACUAUUUGAUUAUUUUUGGCGGUAGAGCUGUAUUGCGCAAUAUCAAGCCAUUCAAAUUGAACUUUUUAUUUCAAUUGCAUAAUUUGCUUUUGACAACAGUGUCGUUUACUCUUUUGAUUUUGAUGGUGGAACAAUUGAUCCCAAUGAUUUCUCACAACGGCUUAUAUUUCAGCAUUUGUAAUAUUGGCGCGUGGACACAGCCAAUGGCUACUCUGUAUUACAUGAAUUAUAUUGUUAAAUAUAUUGAGUUCAUUGAUACUGUGUUUUUGGUUUUGAAGCAUAAAAAAUUGACAUUUUUACACACAUAUCAUCACGGUGCUACGGCUUUAUUGUGUUACACGCAAUUGGUCGGUACAACUUCAAUCUCCUGGGUUCCCAUCAGUCUUAAUCUGGGUGUUCAUGUUGUCAUGUACUUUUACUAUUUUUUGGCUGCUAGAAAUAUUAGAGUUUGGUGGAAGGAAUGGGUUACUAGAUUUCAAAUUUUACAAUUUAUUCUUGAUAUUGGGUUUAUUUACUUUGCUGUUUACCAAAAAGCUGUUCAUUUAUAUUUCCCUUCUUUACCUCAUUGUGGUGAUUGUGUUGGUUCUACGGCUGCUACGUUAUCAGGCUGCGCAAUUAUUUCUUCUUAUCUGUUCUUAUUUGUUGCCUUCUACAUCGAGGUUUACAGAAACAAGGGUACCAAGAAGAGUAGAGUCGUUAAGCGUGCUCGUGGUGGUGUCGCAGCAAAGGUUAACGAAUAUGUGAAUGUUGACUUGAAAAAUACAACUACUCCAUCUCCUUCCCCGGAACCCACAUUAAGAAACAGAAGGGAUUAA